UGCUCCAUUUAUGCUCCUCAGAAAACGGUCCGGAUGUACCCCUUCCAGAUCCACAGCAUCGCCCUCUCCACCUUCGCCUCGCUCAUCGGCCCCUUUGGAGGAUUCUUCGCAAGUGGAUUUAAACGAGCCUUUAAAAUCAAAGACUUUGCCAAUACCAUUCCUGGCCACGGAGGCAUCAUGGAUCGCUUUGACUGCCAGUAUCUGAUGGCCACCUUUGUCAACGUAUACAUCGCCAGCUUUAUCAGGGGCCCUAACCCGAGUAAACUGAUCCAGCAGUUCCUGACCUUGCGGCCAGAUCAGCAGCUCCACAUCUUCAACACGCUCAAGUCUCACCUGACGGACAAGGGGAUUCUGACAGCUACCGCGGAGGAUGAGUAGGGACCGCCAGGACCGGGAGAGCAGGGGCAGGACUGAGCGAGGGGCAGGGCUCCAAGGCAAGCCCAGAGGCAUGACUCCGACAAUGAAAAGGCUUCGACUCACUGUCUUUGUUUUUUUUUUGUUUUGUUUUGUUUUGUAGAGUGUUUUUUAUUUGUGGUUGUUAAAAAAAAUCUGUAUAUAUGGUCUAUAUGUUUAUAAUUUGUGUUGUGAGUAAGUUACAGCUUUGCAUUGGAAAGAAGUCACAGGGGUAAAGCCAUUUCGGUUUCUAAAAGUAUUUGCCAACCUGGAGGAUAGGAUCGCUCGGCUCAGGAGUGUCUAUGGUGAUCUGAAUCCCCAUCAAUGGAACCGUUCCUGGCUCAGUUAGACAGUAGGCAUCCAUCGUGCCCACCCAUUUCAGGGGCUCUCUCACCUGGGCAGGAUAGGCAGCUUUUACCAGCAGAGCAUUCACCUGGGCUUCCUACAGUCCCUGCCAUGGAGCUCUGAGAGAUUUGCUUUCUGUUGGCCAAAGGAUAAGUAUUCUCGCUCCACCGAACUCCCGCAGAGGGUAAAUUAUGCUCUGCUUUAUGAUAUGAUUUCACUAUAUGCCCUCACCAAUCUUUUUUUCAGAAAGCACGAAAAAUUAUUUAUAGUAGUCUGGAGGAAAACACUGUACCAUUUCAAGCAUAUGCAGUAGAAUGUACCGUCACUGCACCCUUCCCCUGAGUUUUAGCUCAAGUGUCUCUUGGAGGGUGGUCCAGCUACCUGCUUCUUUUCAGGGGCGAUGCCGUUCACGUUUGGGCUGUAGACUUGCUGCUGCUGGUCCUUUCUGGGGGCUUUCCCGUUAGGCAGGGAGCAGAGGGCUUCUUGGUCAUGCAUCCUUCGCCUGAACACCCAUGUAGCUGCUGUGUCAUGUAUAUAUUACUCUUACAGCAAGUGUGUGUGUGUGUGUGUGUGUGUGUGUGUGUGUGUGUGUGUCUGUAUGUUUUCAAAGUCAUUUAUUUCUUACCAUGAUUUCAACUGUAUGGGAAUUUCUUCACUGAAACCACAAAAUUCUGCUUAUGGAAAAUUUAACAUGAUUAGAGGCUUGACCCUUCUGGAUUAAAUGCACACUUUUUUAUACAAUGUGACCAGCUUAAAUGUAGUUUCUGUUUUAUUGGGGGACCUUUCUUUGUUGUUGUUUAUUUAAACUGUGAUUUAUUGUUUUUUUCCUUCCCAAACGUUAGGGGUGGAAUUGUCUUUGGGAGGACAGCUUAGUUCUUUGUCAGGCCAACAAGCAGUGGAGAGGGGAGAGAGAAGUUGGUGCCCAGAGGUGUUCAUUAUUCGUGCCACGGUUGUUUUCCUGGCCAGUGAG